GGCACGGGGUACAAAAGGCCCCCUCUCGCCCCAUUGUUCCUGGAUCAUUGUUGGACCUCAGCUGCUCCAGACAUGGCACCAAAGAAGGCAAAGAAGCGCACGGCCGAAGGAGCCAACUCCAAUGUGUUCUCCAUGUUUGAGCAGGCACAGAUCCAGGAGUUCAAAGAGGCAUUCACCAUCAUGGACCAGAACAGAGAUGGCUUCAUCGACAAGAACGACCUGAGGGACACAUUCGCCGCGCUUGGGCGUCUGAACGUGAAGCAAGAGGAGAUCGAUGAGAUGCUCAAAGAAGCUCCAGGUCCCAUCAACUUCACAGUGUUCCUCACCAUGUUUGGGGAGAAACUCAAAGGGGCGGAUCCAGAGGAGACCAUCCUAAACGCAUUCAAAGUCUUUGACCCGGAAGGAAAAGGAGUUCUACGGAAAGACUAUGUCACACAGAUGCUGACAACUCAGGCUGACCGGUUCUCCUCUGAAGAGAUGGAGCAGAUGUUCGCUGCGUUCCCUCCUGAUGUGGCUGGGAACCUGGACUACAAGAACCUGGUACACAUAAUUACCCACGGAGAGGAGAAGGACCAGGAGUAACCCGAACCUGAGACCGGACCAGAAACCAGACCAGAGACCUGACCAGGACUAGACUUGGACUAGACCAGAGAGCAGGACCAGGUCUAGCCUAGAGGCCAGAAUCAGAGACUCAAGACAUAUCAGAAAGUCCUGAGUCAAUACUGGUCUAGACCUUGUUCAGUCCCAGUUCAGACCUGGUUGAGUCCUGGUUUAGUCCUGGUUCAGGACUGGUUUGGUCCUGGUUCAGCUCUUGUUUAAGCCCGUUCAUCUCGACAUGUCACUGUUCAAUGUCAAGUGUUCUUUUAUUGAAGAAAAUGAAAAAAAAAUUCUGUUUAAUAAAUAAAAUGUUUCAAAUUGUUUU